UUCGGCCGGCUGGCAUCCCCGCGCCGCCGCCAGCCCCGCCGCGCGCAGCGAGCGCCGCCUCGAGGGGCGCCGGAGCCAUGACCCUCCGCCGACUCAGGAAGCUGCAGCAGAAGGAGGAGGCGGCGGCCACCCCGGACCCCGCCGCCCGGGCUCCGGACUCGGAAGUCGCUCCGGCCCCAACCCCGGCCUCGGCCCCCCCCGCUGCAGCCGCCAGCCCCGGGCCCCCCGGGGACGAGCUGUACGCGGCGCUGGAGGACUAUCACCCUGCCGAGCUGUACCGCGCGCUUGCCGUGUCUGGGGGCACCCUGCCCCGCCGAAAGGGCUCAGGAUUCCGCUGGAAGAAUCUCAGCCAAAGUCCUGAACAGCAGCGGAAAGUGCUGACUUUGGAGAAGGAGGAGAACCAGACCUUCGGCUUUGAGAUCCAGACGUACGGCCUUCACCACCGGGAGGAGCAGCGUGUGGAGAUGGUGACUUUUGUCUGCCGGGUUCAUGAGUCCAGCCCUGCCCAGCUGGCUGGGCUCACACCAGGGGACACCAUCGCCAGCGUCAACGGCCUGAACGUGGAAGGCAUCCGGCAUCGAGAGAUCGUUGACAUCAUUAAGGCGUCUGGCAACGUUCUCAGGCUGGAGACGCUGUACGGGACGUCAAUUCGGAAGGCGGAGCUGGAGGCUCGUCUGCAGUACCUCAAGCAAACCCUGUAUGAGAAGUGGGGAGAAUACAGGUCCCUGAUGGUGCAGGAACAGCGGCUGGUGCACGGCCUGGUGGUGAAGGACCCGAGCAUCUACGACACACUGGAGUCGGUGCGCUCCUGCCUCUAUGGCGCCGGCCUGCUCCCGGGCUCACUGCCCUUCGGGCCCCUGCUCGCCGCUCCCGGGGGUCCCCGCGGGGGCGCGCGGCGGGCCGGGGGCGACCCCGACGACGCCGUCUACCACACGUGCUUCUUCCGCGGCGCCGAGCCGCCCGGCGCGCCCCCGCCGCCGCCCGCCAGCGUGCGGUGCGCGGGCCCCGGGGGCGGCGGCGGCGGGGGCGCGCCGGGCGCGCUCUGGACUGAGGCCCGCGAGCAGGCGCUGUGCGGGCCCGGGCUGCGCAAGACCAAGUACCGCAGCUUCCGCCGGCGGCUGCUCAAGUUCAUCCCCGGACUCAACCGCUCCCUGGAGGAGGAGGAGAGCCAGCUGUAGGGGCGGGCGGGGGAGGUAUUUAUUUAUUUAUUCGUUCCUGCCGGGGCAAGCCGGGGGCGGGCCAGCGCGCCCAGGGGACCCCAGGAGCCCGGAGCCGGGGAGAGGGUCCUCGCCGCCCCUGCGCGCCGGCGGGGUUCCUGUGCCCGGGCGUCAGACCUCUCUGCUCCUCCCCGAGCCACAGCGGGAGGAGGGGGCAGGAGAGACGUGGGCCAGCUCGGGGUUGGGAGAGGUUCGGGGGCCAAAUAUGGGGCGUGCCAUCCUACGUCUGGGUUAGUAGUGCCUUGUGGGGCAUCCAGGUAACCUCCUCCUCCGGAGGGGGACCCUAUCCCACGAAGCCCUCUCCUCAGCUUUACUUGCUCCCCACCCUUGGCCUGGAGCAGAAACGGCUUAUGGUCGGUGGUUCCCUCAGCCUCCACACACAUACACAGUUCCAGUGAACCAGUGGGCCCCUGAGCGGGUCUAAGGUGCUGGUCUCCCUCCCUCCCGGCCUUGACCCCUAAGGGCUUCGCCCCUCCUGGGGGCCUGUAACUAAGUCGGGUCCUGCCGGCCAGGGAUCCUGGGUUCUCCACCCCUUGGGGGACAGGAAUGGACAUGGCCAGGUGGGGUGGGGGCAGCCUAGACUGUUCCACCGUUUUGCAUAUUGUUGCUUCUGAACCACAAACUGUAUAAAAUUGCCGGUUUUUUGCA